AUGAAGCCAACCAAACGUGCUGGUGCGAAAACUUCAGCUGCGAGAAUCUCUUCCUUUUGUGCACUCUUGCUUUCUGUUAGGAUUAUCACGAAAGCGGUUUGGGGAAGCAAUGAUCACUGUGCUGCUCAGCCCUUUUUGGACGAUGAGGAUGCGAACCAAAUUGCAAAUUCGGCAUAUCCAAGCUUUUGUUUUACAGAGAAAGGAUCGCUGCACUCAAUUGCCCUCGAUAUGUUCCGGCAUUCCAGCCCUCCUGGGUCUCGCUCGUUUCGAAAACUUCGCCAUGUACUUCACCGAAACCCAUCCUUUCACAUCAAUUUCCCACGGAAAAUAUUCAAAUCAAAUCAAGAAUCAUUGACUUCAAUGUUCACUAGCAACGGUCUCAUGCAGGAAACAACCGACAUUCCAACAGAAUCGAACUGUUCAGAUAUAACCUUGGUAGAAACUUUGCUCCAUUCUCAUUGCCCUAUUCAAAAUCCAAACUUUGUGGAUGCUGGUCGCAUCAUCAUCCAGACUGAACAAACCCUAAAGUCACGUCUUGGAGACUGUCAUGCAUCACUAAACUGCAUCAUUGUCGAGUUCUCGGAUUACAAUUUCAGGCUGUUGCAAGAAAAAGGUUGGGGCGAUUCCACGAUUCUAUUACCAACCAUGCAUCAACAUCCAAGCCGACUAGUACUCAUUCCACCACCACAAGACAAAGAAGGCACCCUUCGGUUGAUUCCAUUUGUCAAUCGCUCCAUAGACGUCUCCUUUUUCGGGCUCAUUACGCCUCGACGAAAAAGACUACAAGAAGAGAAAAGAAAGUUCUUGGAGCAGAAUCCCAACCGAACAGUGACAUUGAAACAAGUUGGUUCCUUAAAGACUCAAGUCAUGUCCAAGGCAUAUGGAGAUUCGAAAGUAUGCCUUGUGACACAUUCGUAUAGACAAACGUCAGGAGGUGAAUAUCACCGACUAUCAGAAUUUGCACCCUUUGGGUGCAUACCGAUCAUGGAAAAGUUUGCAGAUACGAUUGGGAUCGAUCGAUACACAAAAUGCGGCCGAGUCCUAUUUGCAGACUUUGGAAACCUAUUCAGUCAUGUGGAAGACGUCCUGCGCUCAAUCGAUGCUGGGGUAUAUGAAGGACCUGAGGAAUUCGCUCAUGUCAAAUGGUGGAAUAAAGGAGUACAGUGGGAUUCACUACUGUCGGACAUAUUCUUAUUUGACAGCCAAGAAGGGGCACGAGCAUCAUGA